AUGCCUCACUCAUUGCCUGGGAACCUAUCUCCCGCCCGUCUAGCCCGUAUCCGCCUCAAAGUUUCAGCUAUCACUAUCAGUGUCAUUGUCGUCUAUGCUCUCACUCUCAACGCUUUUGAUGAAGAUAAAGACCCCUUCUACGAUGAGAUACUGGCAGUUAUUGAUCGCAUACCUACAAGCGACAUUCUAAUCAUCGCAGGUGAUUGGAAUGCCCGCACAAGACGGACCAACACGCGCUUUCGACAUUCACGGCGCCAUCUUCGUACCUGGUACUCCAAUGACGGUGUCACAGCUAGCCAGAAUGAACAUUUUCUCGUUAGAAGCCGCUGGAGCGACCUUGAUAGCCGAAUGUUCAGAGGCGCAGAAACCGGCAGCGAACAUGGUCCCGUUCAUAUAUUAGGACGGGCAAACCUACAUCUUCAUCUCAAGGUCGUGAAGUGUCGCUCUAAGCCUCUAAGAUAUGAUAUCUCGAAGCUAAAAAGUAACCAGAUCGAACAUUUAUUCCAUAUCGAAUUAAAAAAUCGGUUUAACGGGCUCCAGAUACUUCAAUCUGCUUCGUCAGAUGAAGUCUGGCAAGCGGUCAAACACAAUCUUCAAUCCGUGAUGUCCAAAACACACGGCACUACUAAGCGAAAAGACAGAGACUGGAUCUCGGGCUGA